UGACAACUUCUCAGUUCAGACUGAAGAAUCCAAAGGAGCAGUUGUCGAUUAAUUUUCGUGGUGGUGCACUGCGUGUUUCACUUGGUGUUUCAGGGGACGCAAAAAAUAUGAUCUUUUCAUUUUUCACUCCUCUGUUAUGUCGGCUAUUCGUUGUUAACACAGGUGUUAGUAGACUCAACAUAUCGCCAUUUCCCACCGGCACAUGCGCCCUUUGCUGCAGCAUCGAAGUGGAUCAUGAUAUACAGUUUCAACUUUAUACUAAGAAAAAUCCAAUGAGGCCGAAUAUUCUGAAACUGGGGAAUCCGAGGAGUUUGAGAAACAGCAAUUUCGACCCCACAAAUCCGACAGUUAUUUUCAUUCACGGAUAUGCCGAGAGAAGUAGUGGAACCAGUGCCAUGGCAAUCCUAGCUGCUUAUCUAAAGCGUGGGGAAUACAAUGUCAUUCUGGUCGACUGGGGAAAACUUGCGGCUUUACCCUGGUACAUCACAGCCGUGAGAAACACAAGACAAGUUGGCAGACACAUGGCAAAAUUUGUAAAAUGGCUGGAUAACAAUAAUGCUGUGCCAAUGUCAAUGUUGCACGUCAUUGGAUUCAGUCUCGGGGCGGAAGCUGCCGGCUUCAUGGGGAAGAAUUUGGCACCUCAAAAGGUUGGCAGGAUCACUGGACUGGACGCAGCCUAUCCACUGUACAUGGAUACAGGAAUGGAUGGACAUUUGACAGCGACUGAUGCUGCCUUUGUGGACGUAAUUCACACCGAUGGAGGACGUUUUGGCUUUCCAAGUCCAAUAGGACAUGCGGAUUUUUACCCAAACGGUGGAAAACCCCUCCAGCCAGGUUGUGCCGACAUUCCCCCGUUGACUUCACGAAUUGGUCAACUCAUUCGACAUUACGUUGUUUGCAGUCACAAUCGUGCCUGGGAGUUCUACGCGGAGUCUGUUCAAAAUCCCCGAGGAUUUCCAGCAACAAAAUGUACAAAAUGGCGUCCAGAGAUACGUAUGUGCACGUGGAUAGCCGACGCUUUCAUGGGGUUGGCAACGCAUCCUGGAAAUCGUGGAAUAUUCUAUUUGAAGACGAAUAAAAAGCCUCCGUUUGCUAGGAAUUUCACUGAUUUGAAUGGCCAAUAUUUUUGAACACCAGAAAUAAUGACGUUUUUUUCAUUCAUUUGAAACCCAAACCCUUUGAUUUGUCCUCCCGGAUUUCAUUACAGUUCAAUUCCACUGCGCAAUUCCGUGGGGCUGGAGAAGUGAACUUCAGGGAAGUUUCCUAUCCCUCGCUUGAUUACCUCUCUAAAAGCUUUUUUUCCAUUCCAAAGUUGCCAGAACCGCAGCAUCAGAUAGUUCGUUAUUUGCAAUUUUUUCUAAAAAAAAGAGCUUUUCGAGAUUCAAAAAAAAAUAUUUUUUCUGAGGAGCACUUCACGUCAAAUGUGAAGCCAUCUCUUCCAAAAAAGCCGUAACCCACACUAGGAAAAAAAUUUUUGAUAAUAAUUGGCCCUCGAGAG